AUUCUGUAAGAUAGAGCUCAAUGGCAGAAGCCGAUUGGUGAGGGAGGAUCAGAAAGUGUCUUGUUACAAGGACGUCAAGAUAUCGUUCGUCCAAUCAUUCGUCUAUGAUGUCAUACUGUGUGCAAUAAACAAGUUGUACAUCAAAACACAAGCACCGUUUUAUCGUUGAUUUUGGAAAAGAAGAAUCUAUACAAAAUGUCUCUAUACCCAACUCUCGAAGAUAUGAAAGUGGAUCAUAUGAUGAAGGCGCAACUGCAAGAAGAGUCAUAUAAUAUUCCACCUAUACCACAUGAACAAACUAAUCCAUCUGCACCUGUUUACAAUGCCAUUUCCGAUACAUUGUAUCCUUUACUAGGAGAUUAUAUGGGUUUGGAACUUAAUGAGGAAACAAUAGCACAAAAUAUGCCUGAAUAUUCUCUUGUGAAUCGUAAUAUGACAGUAAGUGUGCCUGCGACUUCAGGUCCCUUAGCGGGCAUGGUUGCACCACUUUCCGGCCAAUCUUUAGGAUUGCAAAGAGCGCAAGUUACAAAUGGUAUAAGGCAGUUGAUACUAUGCAAGGAUAAAGAUGGCAAAAUCGGUUUGAGAGUACAUGCUGUGAAUAAUGGUAUCUUUGUGUGCCUGGUGAGUCAAAAUUCACCGGCUGCGCUUGCGGGAUUACGAUUUGGGGAUCAAAUUUUAAGUAUCAACGAUGUUUCCGUUGCGGGAUAUACAAUGGAUCAAGUUCACAAAAUACUACGAAAUGCUGGUGUUAACGAUAUCAGAGUAGCAGUGAGGGACAGGCCAUUCGAACGUACAAUAACAAUGCACAAAGACAGUAUGGGACACAUUGGAUUUCAAUUUAAAAAUGGAAAAAUAAUCGCUUUAGUUAAAGAUUCAUCAGCUGCCCGCAAUGGACUUCUAACAGAACAUCAGAUACUGGAAGUUAAUGGAAAGAAUGUUGUAGGAUUAAAAGACAAGGAUAUCACGGCAGAGAUCGAACAUGGUGGGAAUAUAAUCACGGUUACAGUUAUUCCAUCAUAUAUUUAUGAUCACAUGAUUAAAAAAAUGAAUAACAGUUUAUUGAAGACACUAAUGGAUCAUUCUGUGCCAGAUGUUUAAAAAAUAUUAAGAUUUAUUUGGAAGUCGAUUUUAUGAUUUUAAUAUUUUGAGGUCUAUAUGACAAUGCCAACGUUUUUUAUUAUCAAUAUGUGUAACUACGCAAAAGCCAGGUAUAGUAUUGCGUUUAUAUCAAUAAUACUGAUACACAACGUUUAAUUAAGAGUUUCAUAACAAAUACGAUUUUUUAUUAAAAGUUUGACAGUAACUGUGUUCAGAUUUUCCAUAAUUCUUUACUUGAAAGACGAUGUAUUAGAUAUAUUCUACAAAACGCAUUCAAAUAGAAUUUUAUAUAUGCAUUAUAUUAACACUUAUUACAUAAUAUGUAAUGCUUAUUAGCCUCAUUUUA